AUGGAACAGGAGCAUUUCUAUGAUGGGGAAAAGGGCACUGGAUAUUUAGCGUGGCGCCUCAAAACCAUUUCCAGGACUUCAGGAAAAUGGCCAAUCAAGGAAGCCUCAGUGCAUCAAGCACAAGGACCAAAGAGCCGAAGAUCAGCAACCACACUGCCUCAGCAGCUUGAUGGAGAUGCCUGCAGGGAGGCCAUUUCAUUUGUUGUUCAUUCUCCUGAUGAAGCAAGUGUUUUUCAGAAGAUGAAGAUGACGUUUCAACACCGUCAGGACCUAGUGCAUGACCCACAAAGAAGCACAGAUGUCCUCAACACAUUUCCACGCUUUUUAGAUGUGAAUCAAGACUUCCUGCUGCUGUUUGGUGCUGAAACAGCCUCCAAGAUGCUUGAGAAGUGGGACACCUCAUUCAAGCCCAAGGUCAUCAAAGAGGCCAAAAAACUGACUAUACUGACUAAGGAAUAUGCAGCAAGAAUGUUUUUUCUGCUUUUAGUGGGGCUUAAACAUAACACAACAGAAUCUGGACGGAAGAGGACCAAAAUAAGUCCAAGUGAUGCAGUGGACAAAAUGGUGCACUUUCAUAAGUCAUGCUGCAGCAUCAAUGAAUAUGUGCAGGAAAGAGAGGGUAAACAACCAUACAUCCUUGCAGUUGGCCGAACCCAGAAGAUGAUUGAUACAUUCUACAUCGCCAUUGACAAACAGCUCAUCCUCUGUCAAGCCAAAAAGCACAAAAGCACAAAACCUUUUGAUGAACUGUUUAAAUCCCACUGUGUGUUCAACUUGUCUUAUGAUGAGUCCCUGGUCCAUUUCUACACUUUUCUGCAGACAACUGUCUACAACAUUGAUGUUAAAACAACAGAUGAGUCUCCAAGAGUUCGUGAGUUGCAGGCAAAACUUUUGAAUGACAUAUGAAUAUGUUCAAAUGUUUCAUUUGUCAAGCAGUGCAUGCUACCAGCCAGGGCCUAAUAACUCAUUUGCGAAUUGGCCACAGUUUCUAUCCAGGCACCAAGUUUAAGUUAGUUUGUGCACAAGAUCAUUGUAGGCAUCAGUUUUCAACAUUUUCAGGUUUAAAAAACCAUUUAGUUAGUGUGCAUGAUAAGGGUUAUUGUCAAAGUGGUGAUGCAGAAACCUCAGAGUCAUUUCAGGCUGAUUUUCACAGUUUACGAAAAAGUACAGAAGUUGCAGGAAUAAGUGUUGUGCAGAGCCCUGAUGCUGGGUAUUUUGACAACAAUGGAUCUAGUCAAAGUAUCACAGAAAACACAAAAGAUAUCUGUGCUACAAUUAUUGGCAAACUCCAUGGUAGUGGUAUGGCAAAUAGUGUAGUUUCAUCAAUUGUUAGUGAAGUUUUUUUAAGUCACAUCCAUUGUUCUCAAAAACACAGACUUCUUUACAAAUUCAGCUUUACUAUGAUGACUUUGAGACUGCUAACCCACUGAGUUCAAAACGUGGUGUUCACAAAGUCGGUGCUCUCUAUUUUGUCCUCCGAAAUCUGCCUCCAAAGUUAAACUCUGUAUUGAUGAACAUUCAUUUGGUUGCAUUGUUUCACAUAGAAGAUGAAAAAAUAUGGCUUUGCUCCUAUUUUACA